AUGGCCAACGCCACCGUGUUUAUGAAACCUCCUGGAGCUUUGAACGGGCCACUCUCAGACAUCACCGUAGAUCCACAAUGCCGGCAGAUCGACUAUGAAGGCGAGUUGGUUGUGAUCAUUGGGAAAGAUUGCAAAAAUGCAUCAAGCCCCGCGGAAGCACUGGAUGCCGUAUUGGGAUAUACAGUAGGCAAUGAUGUGAGCAGUAGGGACUGGCAAGUACCAGAAGUAAGCGGUAACCAGCACGGCUACGCCAAAAGCUUCGACGGAUUUGCACCCAUCGGGCCUCUCAUUGUUUCUACCGAUCUUGUUCCAGAUGUCGGGAAGUUAAGGUUACAAACUUUGGUGAAUGGGGAAGUGCGACAGUCUGCUCAAUUGGAUGACCUGUUGUUUGGGGUCGCAGAGAUCAUUAUGCAUCUCAGCAGGGCAACAACCUUGAAGGCUGGGACUGCUAUUAUGACUGGGACUCCCGGAGGCGUUGCUGCCUUUAUGAAGCCGCAAGCCUGGCUUAAGAAUGGUGAUGUUGUUGAGGUUGUGAUUACCGAAAUCGGAACGAUAAGGAAUACAUUUAGUGUUUAG